UUGAGCAGCCUAAUAACAAUUUUCAUGAUUUGACUGGACUAAUUUCAAAAUGGUGACGCGAUCAAUGACCCAAACCACCACAACCGCGUCCCUCUAUAUAAACCCACGUUCACUGCUCAUCCAACGCCAGCGAAUUAAUCUCGAUAUAAACCCUUUAUAGAAUUUUCGAGAGAUCGAGAGAGAGAGAGAGAGAGAGAGGAUGAGCGGAAACGGGAAGGUUGUGUGCGUGACAGGAGCAUCAGGGUACGUAGCAUCGUGGCUGGUGAAGAUCCUCCUCGGUCAGGGUUACACCGUCAAGGCCUCUGUCAGAGACCCCGCCGAUCCAAAGAAAACAGAGCACUUGCGUGCACUGGAUGGAGCCGACGAGAGACUGCGUUUGAUUAGAGCAGACUUAUUGGAAGAAGGCUCUUUCGAUUCUGUGGUUGACGGGUGUGAAGGCGUCUUUCACACUGCGUCCCCAUUCUUUGAUGUGCUCACAAAUCCAGAGGACGAGUUAAUUGAGCCGGCAGUGAAGGGAACCCUUAACGUUUUGGGUUCCUGCUUCAAGACUCCAUCUGUGAAAAGGGUUGUCGUAACCUCAUCGGUCGUUGCCUGUUUAUUACCCGAUGUGGUAGCCGACGAGACAUGGUUUUCUAGUUCUGAGUUUUGCAAGGAAGCAAAGUUAUGGUAUAUGCUGUCGAAGACCUUGGCAGAGGAGGCUGCUUGGAAGUUUGCGGAAGAAAAUUCGAUAGAUAUGGUUACUAUAAACCCUGCCAUGGUUAUAGGUCCACUUCUUCAGCCAACCCUUAACACAAGUUCUGGUCUAAUCUUGAGCCUGAUAAAUGGAGCACCGACAUACCCCAACUCAACCUUUUGUUGGGUAAAUGUCCAGGAUGUUGCCAAGGCUCAUAUCCUAGCCUAUGAAGUUCCUACAGCAAGUGGAAGAUAUUGUUUAGCUGAAAGUGUCGCUCACUGUUCAGAGAUUGUGAAGAUUUUGCAAGAACUGUAUCCUUCUCUUCAGCUCCCUCAAAAGUGCGCUGAUGACAAGCCCUUCAUGCCAACAUACCAAGUUUCCAAAGAGAAGGCCAAGAGCCUCGGUAUCGACUUCAUCCCUCUUAAAACAAGCCUCAAGGAGACUGUGGAAAGCUUAAAGGAAAAGGGGUUUGUGACCAGAGAGAGAGAGAGGAUGAGCGGAAUCGGGAAGGUGGUGUGCGUGACAGGAGCGUCAGGGUACGUAGCAUCAUGGCUGGUGAAGCUCCUCCUCGGUCAGGGUUACACCGUCAAGGCCUCUGUUAGAGACCCCGCUGAUCCAAAGAAAACGGAACACCUUCGUGCACUGGAUGGAGCCAGUGAGAGAUUGCAUUUGGUUAAAGCAAACUUAUUGGAAGAAGGCUCUUUCGACUCUGUGGUUGAUGGGUGUGAAGGUGUCUUUCAUACUGCAUCUCCAUUCUUUGAUGCGGUCGCUGAUCCAGAGGCCGAGCUAAUUGAGCCUGCAGUGAAGGGAACCCUUAACGUUUUGGGUUCCUGCAUCAAAACUCCAUCUGUGAAAAGGGUUGUCGUAACAUCAUCUGUGGCUGCUGUUUUAUUUAAUGGAAAUCCACUGACGCCUGAUGUCGUAGCUGAUGAGACAUGGUAUUCGAGUUCUGAAUUUUGCAGGCAGGCAAAGUUGUGGUAUGUGCUUUCGAAGACCUUGGCGGAGGAGGCUGCUUGGAAGUUUGCGAAGGAAAAUUCGAUAGAUAUGGUUACAAUAAACCCAGCAAUGGUUAUAGGUCCUCUUCUUCAGCCAACCCUCAACACAAGUUCCGCUACAAUCUUGAACCUCAUAAAUGGAGUAUCGACAUACCCCAAUUCAACCUUUUGUUGGGUAAACGUCCAGGAUGUUGCCAAGGCUCAUAUCCUAGCGUAUGAAGUUCCUUCGGCAAAUGGGAGAUAUUGUUUAGCUGAAAGUGUUGCUCACUAUUCAGAGAUUGUGAAGAUUUUGCACGAACUGUACCCUUCUCUGCAUCUCCCCCAGAAGUGUGCUGAUGAUCAGCCCUUCAUGCCAACAUACCAAGUUUCCAAAGAGAAGACCAAGGGACUCGGUAUCGACUACAUUUCUAUGAAAACAAGCCUCAAGGAGACUGUCGAAAGCUUGAAGGAGAAGGGGUUUGUGAGCUUUUGAGAGGGAAAGUUCUAGCUUUUGUUAGAAAAAUAAGAUUCAUAUAGAAAUAUAUUUGUUCGGAAUUUCAAUAUAGAUUGUUGCUUAAAUUAGUACACAAAAGACUAGAGUCGUCCUUGAACUUUUCGACAUACUGAUGAAUGAUAUUGUGAUUCUUUAGUUGA